UAAAGCUUUUUUUAUUGUCUUGUGUACAGAAUAUAGUAUAUUAUGUCUAUUAUAUGCAUGUACGUAUAAAAUUUAAAUACGUACAGUGGCUGCCUAAAGUUUGGAAUAAUGUGCAGAUUUUGCUCUUAUGGAAAGAAAUUGGUACUUUUCACCAAAGUGGCAUUCAACUGAUCACAAUGUAUAGUCAGGACAUUAAUAACGUGAAAAAUUACAAUUUGGAAAAGAGUUCAGAACUUCUUAAACCACUUCAAAGAGUUCUCAUCAAAAUCCUCCACAUGCAACAAUGACAGCUUUGCAUAUCCUUUUUAGAUACUUCCUGUAGGAGUUUAGAGAAAGCUGUUUCUUUUGCCAUUUUUGACCUAAUAUUGACCUUGACAUGCCAGUAUACUGUGGCAACUUAAAAAUAAACAAACAAUUAAGCUUUCGACUGUAUUUGAUAAUGGCAAAUGAUUUUUUUUUAGUUCCAAAUUAGCAAUUUAGUAUGAUUACUCGAGGAUAAGGUGUUUGAGUCAUGGCUGCUGGAAAUGGGGCCUGUCUAGAUAUGAUCAAAUGACUUUUCAAAUAGUGAUGGUGCUGUUUUUUUACAUCAGUAAUGUCAUCACUAUAACUUGUGAUCAGUUGAAUGCCACUUUGGUGAAUUUCCUUCCGAAACCGCAAAAUCUUUACCUUAUUCCAAACUUUUGGCCGCCAGUGUGUAUGUGAUUAAUAUAUAGCACUAGAGAGUUGAAGGUAGCAGUAAUAUUAUAAGAGGCAGCUGUUGGAGGUAGAACAGUAAAAGUGCUAUGUGUUGAUGGUAAGAAGUUGUGAAGUGACUGACAGAAAUUAAAAGAAGCAAAUACAGUAUAAGAUCAGUAAUCUUCCUCAGAAGGUGUGUGUGUGUCAGUUUUAUUUACAGCAGUCAGCUGUCCCACCCAAUACUGUGGAAAGUACGCUUUCAGUUUAAGAAUUGUUGCCACAUCUUGUGAAAACCCAGCAUGUGAUGGUUUGCUCAUAAGAAACCACUCCACUCAAAUCACACCAGUAGCUGCACUGGUGUGAGUUUGAUAUUAAUCUAUGGUCUGCUCUGUCUCAUUGCAGCACACACUGAGCCUUUAAGACUAUUUUUAUUUUAGUCCAACAUGGAGCUAGAUCUGCAUGGACUGUUUGAGCAAAACAACACAUUUGACUACGAUGAUUAUGAGUACAAGGAGGAGGGCUGCCCAUCCAGCAAAGUGUCUGGCUCCAUGGCAGUCCUCAUUCCCUUUCUUUACUCUGUGGGGCUCUUAUGGGGAUUGCUAGGAAAUGGACUCGUGCUGGUAAUACUGUGGCGAAAAAGAUGGAACUUGAGUGUGAUGGACAUCUUCGUCCUCUAUCUGGGUAUAGCGGACAUUCUGCUGUUGCUGACAUUGCCUCUGUGGGCUGUAGAUGCGGUGAAGGGGUGGAUCAUUGGCACAGGAUUCUGCAAACUGGCUGGAGCUUUGCUAAAGACCGGUUCACCUGUAAACCUCCAGGGAAUGGAAAGGGAGUACCAGGCAUCUCUGGUAUCCCGGGGCCAUCAACUGGCAGAGAGGUUUGAGCAGAGACAGGAUGCUAUGAUCAACAGAAUCGCAACGUCUUGUCUGUAUGAGAACUUUGCUGCUCAACCUUCAAGACCUUUUCAGGCCAGUGGGCACCAGAGUCCCACCCCACCUAUCAGCAGGCCUAAAAUAUUUCACAGGUGCUAUAGGAAGGUCAAACCUUUCAUUCCACCUGAGAAAAUAGAAAGUUCUCCUUUCCACAAGGAGAAUCUAAAUGUUAAGAACCUGUUGGAAGAGAUGACAGCGCUUCAGGACAGGAUGUGUGAUGAGGUAAAUGUGGUAGCACACAGAAUUGAAGCCUGCAGCACACAUACAGUUGAGGUGGAGGAAGAAGAAGAGGUGUGUUUAUCGGAAAACCUCAGUCCAGUAAAGCUUCACACUUCACCAGAGCUACCGGCUUUGCCCUUUAAAAACACACCUCCGGAUAUGCCACCUCAUUCUCCACUUUAUUAUCCACCUGCCUCUGUAAAAUGGACGAGCAAGAUACCCAGGCUUGGAAGUUUGUUCAAAUGGAAAAGAUCAGUAAAAAUAGUGACAGAGCCUGUGGAUGUUCAGAAGACGGUCAAAAAGGUCACCCCUAUGUUCCACAUCAGGAAACAAAUUGAGGUGCAGAAAAACCAGGAACACAAAAGAUCAUUGUUCAGUCCAGGAAUAGCCCUCCGACUGCUUGGAACAGACAGCAAAGAAUGGGAGAAGAAGAUAGAAGGUUUGUGGCAAGUGCGUGUCAUGGCAGAACAUCAGCCGGGCAUCCUGUUGGAAAAUCUGGAUGCUAUCUGCCUUGCUGUUUCGAAACAGGUUAAGAACAUUCGCUCUGCUGUUUCCCAAGAGGCUAUAGUAACACUGGGGCACCUCUACGAACACCUGAAGGGUGGCAUGAACGCAGAAUUGAAACUUACUGCCACUGUCCUUCUUCAGAAGGCUGGGGAUAGAAGUCAGUUCAUCCGUGAUGAUGUCUGCAGGGCCCUUCGUAAAAUGGUACAAAACUGUGGCCCUACAGGGGUCCUGCAUGCAAUCCUAGAGGAAGGACUGAGUCAUCGAAAUUCAGCAGUUAGGGAGUGCACUGCUCGCUGCCUAAAAGAACUGGCAGAAAUUUUGGGACCAUCACAGUUUGUCAGUUCCAAGAAGAACUACAAUGGUCGCUUUCUAAAUGCCAUCUGCAGAUUGGCUGUAGACCCGGCUUCAGAAGUCAGAUACCAGGCCCGGACCACCCUUACAUUUCUGGCCAGUCAUGAAAAUUUUUUAAUGACCGUGGACAGAUCUGUAGAUCCAGCCCAUAAAGCGACCAUAAAAUACAUAAUCACCAAAGCAAGGGGUACAUGAGGUGAAAAGAGUGUUCAAAAUACAAACACCUGGAGCACACACACAAAAACAUCUGGAUCACUCAAAAAAAAGAAAACAUCUGGAGCACUCAAAAAAAAAAAACAUCUGGAUCACUCAAAUAAUAGAAAACAUCUGGAGCACUCAAAAAAAAAAAAAAAAAAAAAAAAAAACAAA